GAAAAUCAGCUGGAAUGUAUCCACUCUCACACAGAUUUGAAGUGGACCUUUAUCAUGAGUCUGAUUUUGUUCUGCACUUGAACCCUCGCUAUGACGAAGGAUCUGGGUAUGUAGUGCACAACACCUAUCAGAACAACGUCUGGGGCAAAGAGGAAACCAAAUCCCAAACUCCCUUCCCGAGAGGCCAGCUGUUUGCUCUGCAGAUCCUCGUCACACUGAGCUCAUACAAGAUAAGUGCCCAUGGGAAACCCUUCUCGGAGUACAAGCAAUGUAUGCCAUUUUCAGACGUGGAUCGUGUCUAUGUGAAAGGAAUGGUGGAACUGAAUUUAGUAGCCUUCCAGUAUCUCGCACCCCAUCAUGCUGCACCUCCAGGAUCUUUUACAGUCCCAUAUAAAAGCAUCAUCCGUGGUGGAGUACAGCCUGGAAAACUCUUCAUCAUCCAAGGAGUCAUCCUUGACAAUCGAAUGGAGAUUUUUCUACGACACAAAACUGGAAUAGCAUUCUACUACAGUCCACGUUUUGAGGAGAACAUGGUUGUGUGCAACAGCUACGAGGAUGGGAUGUGGGGCGAACAGGAACAGUCUGAACUUGUGCUGUUUAAAAGAGGGGAACCCAUGCAGGUAGAUGUACAUACACAUGACUUUAUAAACCCUAGUGUCUUUCUGGUCAAAUGA